AGGUCACCACUUUCAUGACGUAGCAGAAAUAUUACAAAUCUUUACGAGGCAUCGGCGGCUGUGUUUUAGGAUUAUUCAGGAAUGGGUCAUUUAAAUUGUCACAGUCCUCCUUUCUUUCUACCGACCAUUCUCUUAUUGUUAUCCUGUAUAGUCGGGCUCUCACUGGGUACGGAGUUAAGCAUUGUAACAUGUGGAUCAGUCAUUAAACUGUUAAAUUUAAAGCACAAUGUAAGACUACAUUCGCACGACGUACGCUACGGUUCAGGUAAGUUUCUUCUUAUUACAUAGGUAUUAAUCAACAUUUACAUCAUAUUUUUCCUUUAUUACACUUACACUUAAUGUGCCAGAACCUCUUUCUGUUACUAUAACAGUGUUGUGGGAUGAAGACCCUUUUGAUCUGUAUGCACAAAGGUUUCAACCAUAGACUGUAUAUUCAGUCUGCACAACAUCAUUGAUACUUUGAUGUGAUAUUUAAACAUUAAAGAUACAUUCAAGUCAUCAUAAAUAACACCAGUCCUUUAAAUGCAUUUAAUUCCAUAGAAAGAGUUUGGACAGUGUGUAUAACAUUGAUGAUUUACAAAUCAUGAAGCCUUUAUGUAACUGAAACAGUGUAGAGAUAGCAUGUCAGUUGUUGAAACUGAUUUUUGUUUAUACUCACUUUGAAUGUGAUGCCAUCACAGUUAUACCAGGUUCAAUACAGUGCCUGUUCCCCUCUACACAGAUAUAUUUUUAUACUCUGAGCUUUUGACAGGAUUGUUUAAUGUUUGUUCUGUCUGUCACAACUUUUCUGCAACAUAUAAACCUUUUUUUUCUGCUUCAACAUUAGAUUAUUUGUAAUUUCAGAGAAAUAUAGGCUUUGAAUGCGUCACGAAACCAUCAAACUCUAUUUAAAUAAACAUUUUACACAACAACCCAACUCUUAUUCAAAUCUUUAACUGUUUUCAUAAAGUUAAAACCAUAUGAAGAAAUUUUAACAUCAUUGUAGUAAUAAUAAUAAGGAUAAUGCAUCAGAUUUCAUUUAGUGCUUUAUCAGAGACCCUCAAAGCGCUUUACAUUGGAUACAUCAUUCAUUCAUUCAUUCAUUCAGUCACACCCUGGUGGUGGUAAACUACCUCAGUAGUUACAGCUGGCGGAAACGUGGCCUCUCCGACCACCACCACACAACACUCACAAUCAUACACCAGUAGAGAACACACACUGGGAGCAAGGUGGGUUAAGUGUCUUGCCCAAGGACACAACGAACAGACUCGAGAUAGAGGGGAAUCGAACCACCAACCUUCCAGUCAUUGUUCAGCCACUCUACCUCCUCCCCUACAUCACACCAAUUCAGACUUGGAUUAGCAGACACUUGUCGUCUGUAUUGACCUGUGUGUGUUUCGUGUGUGUGUGGAACAGGUAGCGGACAGCAGUCUGUAACUGGGGUGACUGCAGUGGAAGACAGUAACAGCUACUGGAGUGUUCGGGGAACAAGUGACACCUGGUGCCAUCGAGGAACCCCGGUCCAGUGCGGGCAGACAAUCCGUCUCACUCAUGUCAACACAGGCCGUAACUUACACAGUCACUACUUUGCCUCACCACUGUCUUCUAACCAGGUGAGUGGUGUGAGGGUUACACAUUAAAAAAAGAGCUCUGUCCAUUUUUGUGACAGAUUAUUCACAUACAGGGGCAAUAUGAUGUGACAUUUUAUUUUAGAAAACCCAACUCAUUUAGGACUAGUAAUAUCUGAGUAAUUAUUGCAAAGUAUUUGUCUCUCUGAUUUCAGUCCCCCUGGGAUCUUCCAUGUCCUCAACUUGACAGAAAUAAGUUAUUCCAGUUUGUAUUCUCUUCUUCGUUUUCUCUGUGCAUUUUCCUCCUUCCCCAUAGCUAAUUCAAAGGGCUGCACAUUGCUGAAGCAUUGUAGGUACAAAUUCUCAAGGCUCAUAUUGCUGCACAAUAUGGGAAAAGAUUGGUAGAUUGAGCAGUAAACUUUCUACAAGAGGAGUAAAAUGUGAAAUAAAUCAGGUGGCCUAUAUGCCUGACAGUUUGGACUACUUUUGUCCUUAAACUGGCUUAAGAGUCAUUAUUAAUAGAUAUACCAGAAAAUGAAUGUUGAACAAAGGCUUGACAUCAAUCCAGGGAUCCUUUGUGAUUGAGUUUUGUUAAUAAAAGCAAAAUGUAAACAAUUUUACUGACUAAGUACUUCUUCCCUGCACCAUCAUUAAUAACAGUCGUAGAUGUAAAGGCGAAACAAAAACAAGACCUUUCACAUUUACUAAAACUGUGAGCCCUUCAAGCUUGACCUGAGUUGACAGUGGCUUUUACACUUCAGGAAACUAAUAAAGUAUCUUGGAUAACAGCCUUAGACCAAGACAACCCUCUACACUCACAGGAAGGUGUAAAAACUCUGUCACCUCAAAGUGUUAGCAAGUUGUAGGAUGUGAGCUGUGAGAUGACACUAAUAAAUCAGUUGUCAUACUGGUAUACGAUUAAUCCCAAGGACACUGCUUCUUCAACACACCCAGGUGUAAUAGAUGAUGGUACACGGUGUUUUGAACUCAUGGAGAGUAUAAUAGUUGUAGUUGUGGUUCUUCACCCAGUAUGUCUAGUGAAUUCAGUCUAAAACCCUGUCUCGUUAUGGUAGAAGGUAGAAGGUAGAUGACUUGAAAACCUACACUUACUGUAUGCCCAUCCAAAAAUUAGAGGUGGGGUAUGUAAUUCUUGAAAAAGUGUUACUGAUGUUUAGACUCAUCAGAUAGAGUUAAUACAACUUUCAGUGCUCAUCAAGAAGCUCAGUUUAAACACUCAUGGUCAGGGAAUCAACUGUGACGACUAAGAAAGCAGCAGCAGCAGUGUGAUGAAACCUGAGGUGUCUGCUGCCUGAGUUGAUGAGCUGUAGUUCAGGGUUGAGAAAGUUUUUAGUGUCGACGGUGAGUACAGCGGGAAGAGAUGUUCACUGAGAUUGGCGAAAAGUGUUUUGGAGUCUCACACCAGAUUUUUAAUGGACUGGAAAAAUAUCUCUGAAAGCUAUAAAGAAAAAGAAAAGACUUCAUCCUUUCUCCUCUCUUUCUUCUCCUGCUCACUUUUUAUAGGAGGUGAGUGCAUUUGGCGAUGAAGGGGAAGGAGACCAUCUGGACGAGUGGACAGUUCAGUGUGGGGGACCUGUAUGGAAACGUGAGGAGGCAGUGCGUUUCCGCCACAAAGCCACGGAUGCUCUCUUGUCAGUGACGGGCGAACAGUACGGACAGCCGAUCCGCGGUCAGAGGGAAGUUCACGCCAUGUCAAGCCCCAGCCAGCACAGCCUGUGGAAGGUCAUGGAGGGAAUCUUUAUGAAGCCCAGCGAGAGUCCUGCUGGCAGCCGAGACUACACUCACCAGCAUACAGAGUUCUGAGCAGGACUGCUCCUCUCUGCUCCUGUCACAUCAUGCUUUUUUUUCUCUGUACCUUAUUUACAUCUGCACCAGCAGCCUUGCCUUUCUACCCCCCUUUUUUCUCAUUUGUGUCUCUCAUUCGAGCUUGACUGUCAUCAUUUUAGCAGACUCCGCCAAAGUCUGUCAUGAAUCCGGGUACAUUGACUUUGAUAAACCAACCUCUAGCUUUCAGCAUCUUUUAGGAAACACUACUUGAAUUUUCAAAGAUCUAGCAGUGUCACUCAGAGAACCAACACUGCUGAAGCCUGCACAGGUAGAAGAGAAAUGACGGUUUUUUAAAGAGUUGCUUCACAGUUUACAGGAUCAUCUUAAUCAGAUUUGUGACAGGUAGCGUCCUAAAGAGGUGUCCCUCUCCUUCCUCUUUAAUUUAUUUUCAAUAACCGCUAUCAGUUGUUACAUUACAUUGGGCAGAUCUUGCAAAUCAGUACAUCACUGACUGAGCCUUUUUUUUGGAUUUAAAGAAAAAAUGUUACACUUGUGCCUUUAUCCUUUUUAAAUAGUGGAGUUUUAGAGACUUUUGGAAACGUCAUUUUUAAUCUGUUUCAAUGACUGUAAGCUUUACUUGACAAUGGAUAAGCAGUGUUACUUUGGUCUUUUAUGUUAAAUUUGAGACUUGUUCAGUGUUUCAUAAAAUGAUUUCAAACAAACUGACACAAGAAACGGUGCGGAUGUAUUAAUGUAACAUCAUCGAACUGGAAGUUCAUUUAUUGUCAGUGUUUAAAUUCGUUUUCAGCUGGUGCUGGGAGAAAGUGUUUGCAUUCAUGCUGCCUGUGCUCACAUUUGUGUCAGAUUUCCUCAGUGUUCCUGAAGUUCAUAUCAGAAAACAAACAUGCAAUGGAUACCUCAUUAAAUGAUUUUUUAAUGCAUACCAGUGGCAGGUGUUGCUUCUUUAUUCAGUGUUCUGGAUUGUCACGUGUUGCUUCAGUUCACAUGACUCCUGUUAGAGCCGGUCCUGUCUGCAUGAUCACUUGAAAUUAAUCCUGGAAGAAAAAAAAGACUUUUUAAAUUCUGCAUUCACUAUCAACGGGGCCCUUUUUCCCUUUCAUGAUUCAUUUAUUAGUCGAGAGAUGUGAAGUGAACCUCUAAAUUAUGACCUCUUAUUUUCGCCCACAAAGAUGAAACUUAAGGAUUUGUUCAUGUCUGCCCGGACCAUUAAACUUGGCAAAACA